UAUUAAAAUCACAAAUCCAAAACCAGGUAACAGAAAUACAACAUGGCAAAGUACACAUUUAAAAAGUCUUUCUUUUAAAAGAAAGAAGAUAUAAUGUGCUUACAGCGUCUAAAGAACAAUAUGCCUUGACAAGCCGUGCCGAUUCUUUACCUUUAUUCCUAAAUUUGAAGAUUUUCAAUUGAUGGAUUACGUUGCCAAGAUAUUUUUAUUAAUAUAAAUCUGCUCAACGCAAAAAUUCAAAGAAAAUCAAAUAAAUAUUAUAAAGGAAAAGAUAUUGGAAAUUAAUCUAUACAAGUUUUAUAAAAGUUUAUAAUUGUAAAUGAAACUAAUAGAUAAUCGAAUUUAUAAAGAUAAAACAAAGUUUAAAAAGAAGGUGCUUUAAUAUUUUUAUCACGAUAUCGUUAUGUUACGAUUACAGCGUAAAUAUUGUAGAGAUAGACGGAGUAAACGUUUUAACGAUGGCGUCACGUGAUAGACAAAGUACAUCUGCUGAUUUGCUUUUAAACAGCGGAGCUAACAGUAAUCAAUUCAGUAUAGAUGGGUUGAAUACUUCUAUGAGUGCAUCAAACAAUGGACAUGAAACACUAGUAGAGUUGCUUAUUAACAGCGGUGCUGAUUUUAAAAGAGUGGAUGAAUAUGGACGGGAUGCUUUAAUGCUUGCAUCAAGUGGUGGACAUAAAAAAGUAGUAGAGUUGCUUAUCAACAGCGGUGUUGAUUUUAAAAGAGUGGAUAAAUAUGGAUGGGAUGCUUUAAUGCUUGCAUCAAUCAAUGGACAUGAAAAAGUAGUAGAGCUGCUUAUCAACAGCGGUGCUGAUUUUAAAAGAGUGGAUAAAUAUGGAUGGGAUGCUUUAAUGCGUGCAUCAAUCAAUGGACACGAAAAAGUAGUAGAGUUGCUUAUCAACAGCGGUGCUGAUUUUAAAAGAGUGGAUAAAAAUGGACGGGAUGCAUUAAUGCUUGCAUCAAGGGAUGGACAUGAUAAAGUAGUAGAGUUGCUUAUCAACAGUGGUGCUGAUUUUAAAGGAGUGGAUAAAAAUGGACGGGAUGCAUUAAUGCUUGCAUCAAGUGAUGGACAUGAAAAAGUAGUAGAGUUGCUUAUCAACGGCGGGGCUGAUAUUAAUCAUGUAACCAAUAGGGGAUCGGAUGCUUUAAUGUUUGCAUCAAACAAAGGACGUGAAAAAGUAGUAGAGUUGCUUAUCAACAGCGGUGCUGAUUUUAAAAGAGUGGAUACAGAUGGAUGUGAUGCUUUAAUGCUUGCAUCAAGUGAUGGACAUGAAAAAGUAGUAGAGCUGCUUAUCAACAGCGGUGCUGAUUUUAAAAGAGUGGAUAAAUAUGGAUGGGAUGCUUUAAUGCGUGCAUCAAGCAAUGGACAUGAAAAAGUAGUAGAGUUGCUUAUCAACAGCGGUGCUGAUUUUAAAAGAGUGGAUGAAGAUGGACGGGAUGCAUUAAUGCUUGCAUCAAAUGGUGGACAUGAAAAAGUAGUAGAGUUGCUUAUCAGCAGCGGUGCUGAUUUUAAAAGAGUGGAUAAAUAUGGAUGGGAUGCUUUAAUGAUUGCAUCACUGUUUGAACAUGACAAAGUAGUAGAGUUACUUAUCAACGGCGGUGCAGAUAUUAAACGUGUUGAACCAGAUGGACAAGAUGCUUUAAUGAUUGCAUCACUGAUUGGACAUGACAAAGUAGUAGAGUUACUUAUCAACGGCGGAGCUGAUAUUAAUCAUGUAAACAAUAGAGGAUCGGAUGCUUUAAUGCUUGCAUCAAGUGAUGGACAUGAAAAAGUAGUAGAGUUGCUUAUCAACAGUGGUGCUGAUUUUAAAAGAGUGGAUGAAGAUGGACGGGAUGCAUUAAUGCUUGCAUUAAAAAAAGGUCAUGAUAACAUUAUACAAUUAUUGCUUAAAGAAGUUCUUCUAAUGCAAGAAAAAGAAAAAUCAAGCGAUUUAAGUCCAAUACCAUUUAAUAGGAAUAAUAUUAUGGCAAUUUAUUUAUUAGAUAUAUUAUUUCAAGCUUUUGAAAACAAACUCUAUAGUACAAUGGAACAAAUUUCUAUUUUUGUCGACGAAAAUUGUAGUGAACUGAAUUUUAAAUUCCAGUUAAAACGUUUUUGUGAAUUAAUUUUACAAGCAUUAAAUCAAGAUGUACAAAAUGACACCAAAACACAACCGAGCGACUCAACAAUCAGUGAACUAUACAAUAUAGAAUUCAAGAAUUUUAAGAAGUCCAUCGAUUGUUAUGUAAAGAUUGUAGUUCUCACUCACAAUGAACAGACACCAAACAGCGCCGAGCUGCUGGAAUUUGUUUCAGAUGUGAUGUCUGAGUUUUCUAGCAUGGAGAAAUUUAACCCAUUUUUUUGGUUCGUGUGCCAGAGAACCCUGCACACAAUUGUUAACAGGCUGCAACUAUCAGAUCGACGGAAUUUUUAUACAGUACUCAUUAAACACAGUUAUGCAGAUUUGACCAUAUGCUACUUGGAGAAAGAAAAUUUGCUUGAUAUAUCCUCACCAGGUUUUAUGCCGUCAUUAAUUCGUGAUAUGCUAACCCUACUAUGGGAUGGUUGUCAUCACAGUUUAGAUUUCGCCUUGACAUUGGCAAAGAAUAACAUUGUCAAAAUAUUAACAGAUUUUCUGUACUUACACAAAGAUGCACAGAAUAUGCAUUCCAAGUUUAUUAUUCGCUAUGUGAUCCCAAUUCUUCAAAAUAUAUCUCGAAGACCAGGAGUAAAGGGCUAUUUUACUUCGAGCAAAACACACGAUGCUGUUAUAAACAUGGAAUUUGAUGACUUAACUAUAUCGAUUUCUUCAAAACUACUACUUUUGCAUACUGAAAACGAAUCCACUGCAGAAACAGAGAAAAUCAAAAAUUUAAAACGUAGUUUGAAAGAAAGCAUAAUGCUAGCUGUUAGUGGAGAUGUUGAAGAUACGUUUGGAUUUUCACUAACUGAAAUGUUACAUGGUCUCUCUAAAUUUACCGAACGAGAUGAAGAGUUAAACGAGAUACUUCCGCUUGUUCCAAACCUUAAAGAAAUACUUAAACAUGAUGAUGUAGAUGAGCACAUCUUUACCACAAAAUGUUUAAAAGAACUUAGCAGAAACAAGGAAGCUAGCCACCAAAUCAUAAACGACGAAACAUUUAAUGAUACUCUGACAAAAUUAAUGAGCAGCGAAAACGAGAUCAUCUUAGAAAAUGUGCAUUCAAUUCGAUGGAGAUCUGGGCGUACAACGGGAACAUUACCGACUAAAACAGACUGUGUGUUUUCUGACGAGUUCCCAAGGCGAUUCGACAUUGAUCCAGCACCGUUAGCUCAAGGCAGUUUUGGCAGUGUACACUUAGUCAUCGAUAGAGAUGAACCCGAUGAGAAAAAAUUUGUUGCAAAGAAAACAAUCAAGGGACCACUCGUUAUAAAAAAGUGGAUGCUCAGUUUUGGUGAAGUGAUUUGUCCGAGCUCUUGCAAAAAACAUUAUUUUCUCAGUAAAGUGUAUGCUAAAUAG